GCGGGCGGCGUGGGGAGCGGAUGGUACUGGUAGCGGCUCCCGGGCGCCGGCGGGGGCAGGAGCAAGAGCUGGCUGCGAGCGUCUCCCCCCCUCCCCAUCCUUCCCGCUCCGGCUGCGUGUCCCCUCGUCGUGCUGUGACGCCGACCGCCCUGAGCCGGCAGCGCUGUACGAUGUGAGCGGCCGUUGGGCUCGGCAGCGCCCCCGGUGCUCUCGACGCUGGGGCGGGCAGCGAUGGCCAGAGCCUGGCGUGGAAGCAGCAGCCGCCGUCGCCGAUAGGAAGCGCCGGGGGCAGCUGGGCAGGCGGCGCGGAGACUCCCCAGGGCCGUGCAGCGCUUGUCCCGCCCCGCCCCCUCCCUCCUUCCCUCCCCUCCUCCUCCUCUCCCCGCGGCCGGUGCAUGCGGGGCGCUGGGGGCCGAGCUCGGGUCCCCCGCAGCCACCGGAGCGAGUGACCCGCGGGGGUCUUGCGCAUCCCCGCUAUGUCCUCGUCCAGCUCCUCGCAAACCCCCCCGUCCCACCACCAGCCCCCGCCGCAGAGGAUGAGGCGCGGCGCCGCCGGGUCCCCCACCGCCGCCACGGCCGGGGGCCCCGGUAACGGCGGCGGGGGAGGCUCGGCGGGGACCAGCCGGCUGCUCCAGCCCAUCCGAGCGACCGUCCCGUACCAGCUCCUGCGGGGCAACCAGCACAGCCCGACCCGCUCCCCAUCCGCCUCGGUGGGCAGCAACACGGGCCCGGGGGGCGGCGGGGGUCGCGGCGGAGGCAGCCCCCCACCGCCGCCCAGCGCGACGCCGCCGCUGGCGGCGGGCGGCGGAGGGGAGCCGGGCAGGGUGAAGGGCAGGCAGCGGCGGUCGCCGGAGAGCGGCGGCAGCAGGAGGAGCAGCUCACCUGAGAGACGGAGCCCCAGUUCCCCGGUGUACAGAGUGGACAGGCCAAAAUCCCAGCAAAUCAGAACUUCUGGUACCAUAAGGCGAACUUCUUCUUUGGACACAAUAACAGGACCUUACCUCACAGGACAGUGGCCACGUGAUCCCCAUGUACACUACCCUUCAUGUAUGAAAGAUAAAUCUACUCAGACACCCAGCUGUUGGGCCGAGGAGGGAGCAGAAAAGAGAUCCCACCAGCGCUCGGCAUCGUGGGGAAGUGCUGAUCAGCUGAAAGAGCAGAUUGCCAAGCUGAGGCAGCAGCUGCAGCGCAGCAAGGCGAGCAGCCGGCACAGCAAAGAGAAGGAACGUCAGUCACCGCUCCAUGGCAACCACAUAGCACUCAGUCAGACUCAGGCUUGUAUUUCCAGAUCUGUCCCUAUGCCACUGUCAAGCAUUUCAGUGCCAAAAUCAACUGCUUCACGUGUGCCGUGUAAUGUAGAAGGAAUAAGCCCUGAACUGGAAAAAGUAUUCAUUAAGGAGAACAGUGGAAAAGAAGAGGUAUCCAAGCCUUUGGACAUCCCCGACGGGCGGCGGGCGCCGCUGCCCGCUCACUACCGCAGCAGCAGCACGCGGAGCAUCGACACGCAGACGCCCUCCGUGCAGGAGCGCAGCAGCAGCUGCAGCAGCCACUCACCCUGUGUCUCUCCCUUCUGCCCUCCUGAAUCUCAGGAUGGCAGCCCCUGUUCAACAGAAGAUUUGCUCUAUGACCGUGAUAAAGACAGUGGGAGUAGCUCACCGUUGCCCAAGUAUGCCUCAUCUCCCAAACCAAACAACAGCUACAUGUUCAAACGAGAGCCCCCAGAGGGAUGUGAGCGAGUGAAGGUCUUUGAGGAAAUGUCGUCUCGUCAGCCUGUCUCAGCCCCUCUCUUUUCAUGUCCUGACAAAAACAAGGUUAAUUUCAUCCCAACCGGAUCAGCUUUCUGUCCUGUAAAACUCCUGGGCCCCCUCCUUCCCGCUUCGGACCUGACGCUGAAGAACUCUCCCAACUCGGCUCAAAGCACAGCUCUGAGCACCCUGACUGUUGAGCAGCUUUCGUCCCGGGUCUCCUUCUCAUCUCUGUCAGAUGACACCAGCACAGUGGACUCGCCAGAGACCCCGGUACAGCCGUGCCAGCCGCAGCAGCCGCUCCUGCAGGAGAUUCAGACUGAAGAGCAUUCCUCUCCUCAGAGCUACGUGUUGAUCUAGAGCAAGGUGGAGCAGGCCUCUGCCCCAGACAAGGAGGGAGGAGAUCCUAGUUCAGAUACAUCUGCAUGAGGUGGCAACCUUUCAGAACACCACAGAAUACUUAGCAGCAUUCAACAAAUAUCUCAACACUGUUCUUGGCAGGGACAGAAUCCAUAUUUGGCAUUUUUUUUGUGAGAAAGCAGUAAUGCCUGCAGAAUCCAUAUUACAUGAAAUGUUUCAAGUGGAGACUAUGCAUUUCAUAGUAUGUUUGACCAGAUUAGUACUGUGUCCUGUGUUCUGUUUCAAAUUCUACAGUAUAAAUAAGCUCUCUCUAUAUAUAAAAAAAUGUUGCCUGUCUGAAUAGAAAAUGUCUUGCUGUGUUGUGUCCUAUGGAAAAUACUGUACUUCAGGAUUAUGUUUACAAUUGAUCCAGGUGUUUAUGUUUCUAACUUCUGUAAUACACACAAUGCAAAAAAAAAAAAAAAUGGCCACAGCAGUUGCACAGUGCCCACCCUAUGGCCUAGCUUCAGGUACUUCUCUUGAAGUGUAAACUCAGGUAACUUGGAAUGUAUAUCAUAUUGGAAUAUAAAAUAUUUUACAGCUACAAAGCUAAAGAGGGAACAUCACUCUUUUGCCUUUCCUUGUUUUAUGCAUUAUAUUUCCUCAUUACAUUCCACUUUCUUGGAAUAAGUGCAUUCAGAUCCAGGUGAAUGAUGACCCUGGACAUGGGUGAACAUGAGGAGAACCAGCAAAUCUGUGAUGUAUAUCACUUUGUCAUGUGCUUACAAGUAAAACAACUGUUGCAUUUACUGUCAUUUCAAUAGAUGUAAAAUUGUGGCAUUUAAAGGUUUCAGGUGUUGCUCAGUUAAUGACUGUUAAACUGUUGCAAAUAAAGUGUUCAGUACUAGGCUGUACAUGAGAAACAUUC